CUGUCAACAGCAGCACGCGUCCCUCUGGCUCUAUGACGCCGUCAAGCAAGCCGUGCUCGCGAGCUGCCGAGCUGUAAACCCGCUGUCAAACAGAUCCCCACAUAUCCGAACAGCUGCAGCUCCCUGUCACAUAAGAUGUGCUGGAGACUCAAAACCGAAACGUUAUACGGGAGAUCAUUCCGCCCGGCUGUAUGAGAGCAGAACCGCCGCCAAACGCGUAGACGAUUUGUGCCUGUUUCUGCGCGCGCUGCGCACGUGGAAAUGUUGCGAUGGCAUGCACGAGGAGAACCAAAAGUUUGGUGUCCACGUGCGUGAUUUUAAGCGGCAUGACCAAUAUUUUGUGUCUGCUCUACGUCGGAUGGAUCACCAAUUAUGUGUCUAAUAAAGGCAACAUCAAAGUUGCAGGGAGGACGCACGAGAAAAAGUUUGAUGACAACAGAGGAGAAACGCUUAGGAUUAUAGAGAGACUGGACAGGCUUGAGAGUGUUGUUAACCAGCACAUCCAAGAGAAACCACUGAAAGAUGGGGAUGACACAGCUGACCAGUCCCUCUCAGACUCUCUUUUUGCACACUGGGGUCAUGACCUCGGCCCAGAGAGCCGCAAGGCGGCCCUGAAGAAGUUCCAGUACUACGGCUACAACGGCUACCUCAGCGACAGACUCUCUCUAGACAGAGCCAUCCCAGACCUCAGGCCCGACGGGUGCAGAAACAUCUCGUACCCCUCCAAUCUACCACAAGUCAGCAUCAUCUUCAUCUUUGUGAAUGAGGCGCUGUCGGUCAUCCUGCGUUCCGUUCAUUCAGUGAUCCACUGGACGCCCUCCCACUUGCUCAAGGAGAUUAUACUCGUGGAUGACAACAGCAACAACGCUGAACUGUCGGAAAACCUGCAGAGGUUUGUGGACGAGACCAACCAGCAGCGUCCCGACUUCAUUAAAGUGGUUCGGCAUGAUAGGCAGGAGGGUUUGAUUCGCUCUCGGGUCAGCGGCUGGAGAGCUGCGACCGCUCCUGUCGUGGCUCUGUUUGAUGCCCAUGUGGAGUUCAGCGUAAAGAGUAUUGACUUUGUCAGUAACGUCUCUUUUGUGACAUGCUUAUUGGUGGUUAAUUUGGGCAAGGUAUGGCUGUGCGGUGGAAGCGUGGAGGUCAUGCCCUGUUCCAGAAUAGCUCAUAUUGAGCGCGCACACAAGCCCUACACAGAGGACCUGGCAAAUCACGUCCGCAGGAACGCUCUGAGAGUGGCCGAGGUGUGGAUGGACGAGUUCAAGAGCCACGUUUAUAUGGCCUGGAACGUUCCACAACAGGUAUGGCUGUGCGGUGGAAGCGUGGAGGUCAUGCCCUGUUCCAGAAUAGCUCAUAUUGAGCGCGCACACAAGCCCUACACAGAGGACCUGGCAAAUCACGUCCGCAGGAACGCUCUGAGAGUGGCCGAGGUGUGGAUGGACGAGUUCAAGAGCCACGUUUAUAUGGCCUGGAACGUUCCACAACAGGACUCAGGGAUCGAUAUUGGUGAUAUCAGAGAAAGAAAAGCUCUCAGAGAGAGACUCCGCUGCAAACCCUUCAGCUGGUUCCUGAAGAAUAUUUAUUCUGAGAUGAGAACCUACACAGAGACCAUCGCUUAUGGUGUACUGAGGAAUAGCCUGAGGCCGGAUCUGUGUGUGGAUCAAGGUCCCGACUCUGACAACGUUCCCAUCCUGUACAUCUGCCACGGCCUGACGCCUCAGAAUGUGUACUACACAAGCUCUCAGCAGUUGCAUAUCGGAGGCUUGAGUCCGACCAUCGACGACGACGACAACAAGUGCCUGGUGGACGUGAACGGCCGGCCGCGACUGCUGGAAUGCAGCUACGCCAGCAGUAAACACAUGAAACUCUCCUGGCUCUUUACUCAGGGAGGCUCCAUUGAGAAUAGGAAGUCAAAACGUUGUUUGGAAUUGGUAGAAACUGCGGAAGUGGAUCAUGGAUAUCAGCUUGCCCUUCAACAGUGCAGCAGUCAAAAAUGGACAAUUACUAACAUAUUGCCUGGGAAAGUUCUUUAGGCAUGUUUAUCUUAUGGGACGUAUCACUGGAUGUGUGUGGACUGAGAUACAGUGUCCCUUACACACAUUGUUGUGUCAUCUGCUGGAGGGAAGGGUGCUGUUCUCUUGUUAUUUAACACUGUAAACAUCUUCAUGUCUUGUAUCGGACCUCAAAGAACACAUGGAACAAGUGUCAAACAUUUAAUUUUGUCAAAAUAGAUGGCUGGUUUGGAGACACUGAUGCUUAAAGGGAUAGUUCACCCAAAAACGGAAAUUCUGUCAUUAUUUAC